GCAGACAUACUUACCCAACGACUGCAUCUUAAUUAUUUUAUGACUUAUCACCCCUCCCUUCCCUGCAUUUCAUCAUCGUCAAUGCCUUUCACCCCUGGCAGGGCAUAGGCCACAUACAAGCUCCUUCCAUUUAUCUAUCUCCUGGGCCAUCCUUCCAAACUCGUUCCAAGUCAACUUCAUCUCUCUCGUGUCUCUUUCCAAGCAUCUUCUCCAUGUUCCCCGUUGCCUACCCCUGCCUCGUGCUCCCUGUGGUUUCCACUGCAGUGACUGUCUUGUGAUGUUUCGGCUGGGCUUUCUUUCCCUGCAUUUACCAGUAUAAUAAUACACUAAUCUUUUCUCCUCUUUUGUUUAGGAGACUGGGGAAUGUGAUUACUCAGAUCUUGUGAACGAGGACGUCUACUUUUUGCUGGAUGCAGAAUAUCAGGACGAUCACAAAUACAAGUCCCUGGAACAUGAAGACAGCAAGCAAAAAUCACGAACGUCCAACACACGUCAUCGCCGGCUUUGAUAUUCUGGUAACCCAGAGUUUGCCGAUCAGGGCGAUACCACCCACUAGUGGACGGUUUGGGGAUUUGAGCGGACUGGAGGGCGAUGAAAAUUACUCAAAUAGUAACAAGUAUUAUUUAAUACCUCGCUCAGGAAUAUAUCAUGUAGGUGAGCGGUACCAAAAUAAUGUUUGUCUCUCAAAGGUGGCAAAAGAAGGUGCUGGUUAUACAAAGGUUGACGAGCACUUCUGUAACUCAUUGAGCUUUCUCGCCUUCAUGAGGAUUCCAAGGACCCCUCGGACUCUUUCUUGACUCUAGUAUCUGAUAGAAAAAACAACAACUGCUCAACUACAGUUAAAUGUAUGACAUCUCUUAACAUUAGUCCGUUUGUGUCUAAAUACCAGAUAGCAGUGACGUGGACUACUCUGUAUUCUGUCGAUAUUUUAUAUUUGCUGUUUCAUUUUUAUGUGCUUUUAGGUCCAUUGGCACUGUGAUAAUAUAUGAUUUGAUGUCAGCCAAAUUUUAACUGUUUCUAUUUUUUGAUGGAGACUUUUAAUUCUAGAGCUUCAAGAACAAAGGUAAACGUUUUGAACUGAAAUGGACCUCAAAUCUUCAAAGUGUAUGAUUUUACACGAGAUUAAACUUUUACGAUGUGUUUGUUGAAAAAGUUGUUCACUCAGCUCUGUGUGGUAAAAUGUACUAUGAUAAAGUCUUUGUAAAAAUACUAUAAUAAUAAUAUAUGUGUUUGUGAUUGACUGAGCGUGUCUGAAAAAA